CUAGGCAAAAACACCACCGAAGUCUCAGCUUCUCCGAGGAAGGGGCGCACAGGCAUCUUCACCUUUGGGGCCAAACAGAAAUGGCGGCUUCUUGCGCCUCCACGCUCCCUUCACUCUCCUUCGUCUCCAACUCCUAUUGCAAUUCACCUCGGCGGUUCAGGCGCUCUGCAGUGGUGGCCAUGGCCAGCGUGGGGCAGAAGGUGUACGCGCCCGGCGUGGCGGUGUCGGAGGGCAAUGGCGGGCUCCAGAAAAUCGAUCUCAAAUCCCCGCACGGAAGCGAGACUGAGAUCUAUCUGUUCGGAGCAUGCGUUACUUCUUUCAAAGUCCCUAAUGGCAAGGACCUGCUGUUUGUUCGACCAGAUGCAGUGUUCAAUGGGCAGAAACCCAUCAGUGGAGGAAUUCCACAUUGUUUCCCCCAGUUUGGCCCAGGUCCCAUGCAGCAGCAUGGGUUUGCACGGAAUGUGAAUUGGUCUAUCACAGAUUCAGAAGUCACCGAAGGAGAUCCAGCUGUAACUUUGGAACUGAAAGAUGACUCUUAUAGCCGUUCUAUGUGGGAUUUUAGCUUCCAAGCAUUAUAUAAGGUUUCCCUGCACUCUACAAGCUUGUCAACAACUCUAAAAAUAACAAAUACGGAUGACAAGCCUUUCUCAUUCAACUCAGCACUCCACACUUAUUUCCGUGCUUCCAUAACUGGCGUUUCUGUGAAAGGUCUGAAAGGUUGCAAGACUCUCAAUAAGGAUCCUGACCCGAAAAAUCCUUUGGAGGGCAAAGAAGAGAGGGAAGAGGUGACCUUUCCAGGAUUCGUUGACUGCAUCUACCUUGGUGCACCAAGUGAGCUCAUCCUGGACAAUGGAUUGGGUGACAAAAUUGCCAUCUCAAAUUCAAAUUGGUCAGAUGCAGUGUUGUGGAAUCCUCACUUGCAGAUGGAGGCCUGCUACAAAGAUUUUGUCUGUGUGGAAAACGCAAAGAUUGAAACAGUACAACUGGAGCCGAAACAAUCCUGGGUGGCAGAGCAGAAACUUGAACUACUCUGAAGAUAAUAUCUUGCUGCAACUGCAUCAAGCAGUAUGAGAUGCAAAUGGCAUUCCCCCAAUGAAAUUCUUCAUGCAUAUGUCAUCACAAUAGCUAUACAUCUGAUGUUUUCUGUUAAAAGAAUAAAUGAUGCAAAUCAUGAUGUUUUCUGGCAGUAUGAUGAUUACUGCGUUGCAAAUGCACAAUUCGAACUACACGGGCUCCGUUGAAAUGGAAGGGAGUGCCCAUUUUGAUCUUUGACACGCCUUCUGCCACUGAAA